CAUGACACACAGAAGCGAACUGAGUAAUGAGUAACAGCAAGGGUCUUUCAUAUUCCUGAAUAUACAACAGAUUUUUUUCCUCAUCAUGGUAAUUGUUUGUGUUCUAAUGGUCACUGACUGUAGGACAUAUUUCACCCACGUUUAAUUUACAACUACCACACUGACACAAAGGUCCCCAUUACAUUAUCCAUUUCUAGUAUGUACAGGUCCAACAGCUCUGUUUGUGUGAAGCAAUUUUCUGAAGAGCAAAAAAGCAUACAGUAAGCCAUUAUAAUCUUGGCACCAAAAACCUUUAGGCAAUGAGAAAUUAUUUCAUGAUUGUAGAUUUGGGUUGGGGCAAGGCAGGCAUUGAUGCCUGUGAGCUGGAAGAUCUAUAACCUCAAUUAUUCAGCAUGAUAUCAAAAUGAAGAUAGCAGGUGACUUGUAGGCCAGUUAUUAAAAGGGGCUGUGCUCAGGACCCAGAAAGAUAUUGGAUUUGGAGUGCAGUGGUGGGUUGUUUUGUGUCGGGUUUGUUUUAUGAGUAGCAUGAUGGGGCUUGUCUGGACGCCCAAAUCCAACCCACAGGUUUGAUCUGACGCGCAAGUUAGGUGAAAGAUUGCCAGACUCCGGGGUCAGAGUGAUCGAUGAGCAGCUGUGUGGAGGUUUCAAGGUGGACAGCGGAUUGAUAGAAGAGAGAAAGCGUGAUUUUUUUUUCACCCUCCUCCCCCUUCUCCUCCUCCUCCUUCUCCUCCAACAGGCUCUCUUGCACAUGUAUAGAAAGUUGAAAGGAGCCCGGGUCUUAUCGUGGGGGGGGGGCAGAGUAGGAGGGCAGGUGGAAGCAACGAGGGGGUGGAGGGUGGAUGGUCUACUGACAGUCCUCUCUCUCCGUCAUCAGCACGGCUCCUCUCUCGCGCUGAGGAAGAAUUCAUGUGGAUGGGGGGAGGCGCCCGAGCGAGGCGAGCGGCACGAGUGCUGGCCGAAUUUGACAAUUAACCUUGAUGAACACAGAUUGGUUUCACUUAACGGGCGCAGGUGCGUGGACUCGGCGAUACGGCGCAGCUGAGCGAUUUCCACGUUCGCGACCGGACACUGACGCAUUUCACGGCAAACACAGAAACUGCACGGACGGGAGGAUAUUGCAGCUGAUAUUUUUUCUUCACGGGACAGGAUGCGUGUUGCGAUGGGAGCCCGUCCGACAGCGCUCGUCUCUUUGCAGAAUCCGAAUCCAGGAGCGUCGCUGAAUUGAUUUGGAGCCAUAUAUCGGAAUUUGACCGCCGUGUCAUUGCCCAGUCCAGCAGUUCCCAACAGCAGCAGCAGAGGGAAAAAAGGGGGGCAUCUUCUUCUCAGCGGAGGAGACGAGAAGAGGGAGGAAGAACUGUCCGCUUCACUUCUCUCCAUCUGCGCCCUGGACGGCUUUGAAAUGAGGACCACAUCCCGGCUGUGUUCUGUGUGAAGAGGAGGCUAAGCGGGGCGGCAGUUUCUUCGGCUCUUCAAGGACGCAAUAAAAAAAAGGAGGAGAAAAAAAGUGGCCGCCGGCCCGAGCUGCUGCGAAGCAUGGAGCGGGACGACACCGACACCGUGAGCGCGUCUAAAAAGACAAUAAUUGCGAAGAUAUUCAAAGUUCGCAAGAGGAGGGAGAUGCUUUUCGUUCAGGUGUGCUUCAUCUGCAGUGUCCUCUUCGUGGCGUGGAGCAUGUCGGCGCUGUUGACCAAGACAGGCCAUGGGAUGAUGGUGGAGGGACACCCGGAUCUGGAACACUGGGGGAGACGGCUAAUGGCUUCAGCACCAGACAAUGAAACGGAGCAGAAGAACUGCUCAGAACCAGCAAUACACGAGUUCCCCGAUGACUUUUUCACCAACGAUGAACGAAAGAGUGGGGCCAUUAUGCUGCACAUUGUGGCGGCGCUCUACAUGUUUCUGGCCCUCGCUAUAACAUGCGAUGAGUACUUUGUGACAUCGCUGGAGAAGAUCUGUGAGAAACUUGAUCUGAGUGAAGAUGUUGCCGGAGCCACCUUCAUGGCAGCUGGCAGUUCUGCACCAGAGCUUUUUGCAUCCAUCAUUGGUGUCUUCAUCACUCACGGUGAUGUGGGGGUUGGGACCAUCGUCGGCUCAGCGGUCUUCAACAUCCUUUGUAUCAUUGGUGUUUGCGGGAUCUUUGCUGGACAGGUGGUGAUGCUGACUUGGUGGGCUGUUUUCAGGGAUUCCUUCUACUACAUCCUGGCUGUUGUGGCUUUGAUUGCAUUCAUCUACGAUGAGAAGAUUGUUUGGUGGGAGAGUUUGGUGCUGGUGGUCAUGUACGCUGGAUACAUCCUCGUCAUGAAAUUCAACUCCAGCAUGCAGAAAUUUUUCAUGGGGAAGUCGAAGAAGAACGUGGCCAAUGGUAACGCUGCAGCCAGCAGUGAGAUGGAGGACGGUAAUACUAGUUAUGACUAUGUUUGGGAUGACGACCCGUCAUCGCCUUUACUCUCAGCAGUCAAGCCCACCAAGGCUUACAGCCGUGGCUCGGUGGUGAUGGUGGACGAGAUCAUAAAUGCCAGCCCUUCAAAGUUCAGGUUUCCAGAGGCUGGCCUCCGCGUCAUGGUCACCAGCCAUUUUGGACCCAAGACCCGUCUGCGCAUGGCCAGUCGCCUCAUCAUAACAGAGCGCCAGAAGUUGGUCCAAGCUGCCAAUGGCGUGGAGACACAAGUGAUUGACGGGAAGGUUGAAAUCGAGAACGGGAACGUGCCAGAGGACAAACCCACCGAGGCGGAGGAAAACGACACCAUCUCACCGUUUCAUAUUCCAAGGGGUAUCGGCAGCAAGGUGAAGUGGCUGCUCUCAUGGCCUCUGCUUCUGUUGCUGUACUUAACUGUCCCAAACUGCGCCAAGCCUCGCUGGGAGAAAUACUUCAUGCUUUCCUUCAUCCUGUCCACUGUCUGGAUCGCGGUCUUCUCCUACUUCAUGGUCUGGAUGGUGACCAUUAUUGGCUAUACUCUGGGAAUCCCUGAUGUCAUCAUGGGCAUCACUUUCCUGGCAGCAGGCACCAGUGUCCCAGACUGCAUAGCCAGUCUCAUCGUGGCUCGGCAAGGUCUGGGAGACAUGGCAGUGUCCAACACAAUUGGCAGUAACGUGUUUGAUAUUCUGGUGGGACUGGGCGUUCCCUGGGCGAUACAGACCAUGUGUGUAAGCUAUGGAUCAGAGGUGAUGAUUAACAGCCGGGGGCUGGUGUACUCUGUGGUGCUUCUGCUGGGCUCUGUGGCCCUCACGGUUCUGGGGAUCCACCUGAAUAAGUGGAGGCUGGACGUGAAGCUGGGUGCAUACGUCCUGGUCCUGUACGCUGUUUUCCUCUGCUUCUCCAUAAUGAUCGAGUACAACGUCUUCACCUUCGUCAACUUGCCCAUGUGCAUAGAGGACUAGAGCACAGCAGCAUGUCUCGGAUACCAAAACCUCAGUGCUCCCAUAGCAACCCCAAACUCUUUUUUUUUUCUUUUUUUUUCCCCCUUCAAU